GUCUUGUCCAAAGUCUCCCUUUCUUUGCACUCAAAGAACAAACGGCCUGGAGACUUAAAAAACACAAACCAAAUCCCAUUAGUUUUCAGUACUCAAAAGCCUCACAUUAAUUAGACUAAGUUCAGGAGAUUUCUGUUCUGUUUAAACCAAACAAAAGAAUGUCGACGGCAGCUCAAAUCCAACAGCCUCAAAUCCAACAGCCACAAACACAGCAGCCAGUGGUUGUUUACCCAAACCCCGUGAUGGGGCAGCAGCCCCGGCCUUCGUCUCACUCAAACGGCUCUUUUGGGCCUGUGUUUAUAGUGUUGGCCGUGAUAAUCGCUAUAUCCGCCAUAUCAUGCUUUCUUGGGCGACUCUGCAACCGGCGUUUCAGCAAACAAAAACCCCACAAACAAAGCCAUCAUGGUCAGAACCACGCGGACAGAACCAUAAUGGGUUCCGUAACAAAGAAAGAGAUAUUGAACCAUAAUGGGUUCCGUAGCAAAGAAAGAGAUAUUGAAUUUGGCUUCGACGCGAGGAUGCCACCAGCUGCCAAACCAGGAGGCAAUGGAGAUCUCAGAGGGCCCGGAAUGCCUGAACGUGGAGAUUUCAGGUGUGAAACCAGGCCUGUUGAUCAUGGAGGAGUGCUCUAAGGGCAGAAAACAAGGAGGUUAUUGCUAGUCUUGAUUUGUUUUGUUUUGUUUUUUUUUUUUUCUUCUCUCUUUUCCUGCUAUAGAUUUUUCAAUUUUCUGAUUUCCAAUAUGUAAUUAUAAAUAAUAUUCUGAUGU